GGAACUAAAGCACACCACCCACUCUCACUCCAUUAAAGGUCCCCAAAAGCUUCUCUAGAUUGUCUAGAACCUGGGUCUCGCUUACCUCAUUCUCUUAACAGCAAAGGGUUUAUACAAUAACCCGCUCCACCGGAUCGCUUGCUUUGCUUCCAAUCUUCUACCUCCUCCGUUCUUUUUUACAUCGUCCAAAAGGAGGAAAGAAGGGAGCGAGAAAGAGGCAAAAGGUGGCGGUUUUGAGACUGGGAGGUGAGAGACAGACCGAGAAGGGGGAAAGAUGAGUAUGUACGGGAGAGAUCCGUGGGGCGGGCCGCUGGAGAUAUCGAAUGCAGACUCGGCGACGGACGACGACCGGAGCAGGAAUCUGGAUUUGGACCGGGCGGCGCUGUCGACGUCGUCGCGGCCGCUGGAUGAGACGCAGCAGAGCUGGCUCCUGGCUGGGCCAGGGGACCAGGGAAAGAAGAAGAAGAAGUAUGUCGACCUCGGGUGUCUCAUCGUCAGCCGGAAGAUCUUCAUAUGGACCGUGGGCACCAUCGUCGCCACCGCCGCCCUCGCCGGGCUGAUCACUCUCAUCGUUAAGACCAUCCCCCGCCACCACCACCCCAAGCCGCCGCCGGACAACUACACCCUCGCCCUCCACAAGGCCCUCAUGUUCUUCAACGCCCAGCGAUCUGGGCGGCUUCCCAAGCACAACAACGUGUCGUGGAGAGGUAAUUCCGGGAUGAAGGACGGCCUCUCCGACACGUCCUACGGGAGAAGCCUCGUCGGAGGCUUCUACGACGCCGGAGAUGCUAUCAAGUUCAACUUCCCGGCCUCCUUCGCCAUGACCAUGCUGAGCUGGAGCGUGAUCGAGUACAGCGCCAAGUAUGAGGCCGCCGGCGAGCUCAGCCAUGUCAAGGAGACCAUCAAGUGGGGCACCGAUUACCUCCUCAAGACCUUCAACAACUCCGCCGACACCAUCGAUCGGAUCGCCGCCCAGGUUGGGGUCGGAGACACUUCGGGAGGAACGACUCCAAAUGACCAUUACUGCUGGAUGAGGCCGGAGGACAUUGACUACCCGAGGCCAGUCUAUCUGUGCCACAGCUGCUCAGAUCUCGCCGCCGAGAUGGCGGCGGCUCUGGCUGCUGCAUCCAUUGUGUUCAAGGACAAUAAGGCCUACUCCCAGAAGCUGGUCCAUGGUGCGGCGACGGUCUGGAAGUUCGCAAGGGAUCAGAGGGGGAGGUACAGCCCCGCGGGCUCCGACCCCUCGCUCUUCUACAAUUCAACCAGCUACUGGGACGAGUUUGUGUGGGGUGGCGCAUGGAUGUAUCUGGCAACGGGCAAUUCGUCUUACCUUUAUUUAUCUACCCAUCCCACUCUUGCAAAGCAUGCCGGUGCCUUCUGGGGCGGUCCGGAUUAUGGGGUGUUCAGCUGGGACAACAAGCUCAUUGGUGCUCAAGUUCUCCUUAGCAGAUUAAGGCUCUUCUUGAGUCCAGGGUACCCGUAUGAAGAAAUCUUGAGAACUUUUCACAACCAGACCAGCAUCGUCAUGUGCUCGUAUCUACCUAUUUUCACUUCUUUCAACCGAACAAAAGGUGGUUUAAUAGAACUGAACCAUGGAAGACCACAGCCUCUUCAGUACGUAGUCAAUGCAGCUUUUCUUGCAGCUGUCUACAGUGACUAUCUUGAUGCUGCGGAUACUCCGGGAUGGUAUUGUGGUCCCAACUUCUACUCCACUGGGGUCCUUCGUGAUUUUGCCCAGACCCAGAUUGAUUAUGUACUGGGUAAAAAUCCCCGGAAGAUGAGCUAUGUUGUGGGAUUUGGAAACCACUAUCCUAAGCAUGUUCAUCAUCGAGGUGCAUCAAUUCCUAAGAAUGGUGUCAAGUAUAGCUGUAAAGGAGGAUGGAAGUGGAGGAACACGAAGAAGCCAAACCCGCAUAAUAUCAUUGGAGCUAUGGUUGCAGGUCCUGAUAGACGUGAUGGCUUCCGAGAUGUUCGCACCAACUAUAAUUACACCGAGCCAACUCUUGCAGGCAAUGCUGGUCUAGUUGCAGCGCUAGUGGCUUUGUCUGGUGAGAAGAAUGGAGUGGAUAAGAACACUAUAUUCUCUGCAGUUCCACCGAUGUUCCCAACUCCCCCGCCACCCCCUGCACCAUGGAAACCUUGAGAUACGGAAGACCUGUUUUUCUGUGCCUCAUGAUAAAAAAUUUAUGAUGAUUUUUUUUCAUCCCAGAUAUGAAGGUCUAUCAUCUACGAGGAUGACAUGAAAACCUUGUUCAAGCAACCAACAAUGUGAAGCUUGCACCACUUUUUUGUAUAUCAGUGUUGUAUCAUGGCUUGUGUUAUAUACAGGAUAUAUGAUGUUCAUGAACUCUAUAAGAAUGGAGACCCUUUAUUGCCGGAAUGAUCUGUACGACAGUUUUAAUGUAGUGAAGCUCUUCCCAUGAAA